AUGUUGAGCUUUCGAAAUGUAUUAAAAAACUGCCUUUCGGCCAGGAAAACGUGCAGAAGAAACAUCUCAGCCCUUUACAUAACCGGCGAUAAGGCCAACGAGAACUAUGUGACCCUGCAGCCGUAUCUGGACUUCAAGGAAACCUUCAGGGACCGUCAAUCUUUGGAGCAGAGCAUCGCCAGCCGGGGAUUGGACAUCCGAUUGGAAAGUGUGCUCAGCAAGUACGAGAAGUAUGGGAGGCACCACGCACAGCUGGCCAAGGUCUCCGAGGAACGGGAGGCGGUGACCAAGCGUCUGAAAGAGCUCACCAAAUCCGGAGGCAGGGCGGAGCAACUUGAGGAGCUGAAAGAGCGUGGGAAAGCGUUGCGCAACGACUUAAAGACCCUAAAGCAGACACUCUAUCCCAUCGAGGACGACUUCAUACAUGACUACCUGCAUCUGCCCAACCGCCUGCAUGACCAGUGUCCCACUGGCGGGGAGGAGAAGCUCCUCUAUCGGAAUGGCCUGCCCAAAUCGGAAAAUAAGACCGGCUCCCACUUGGACCGCCAGGAUCUUAUACACUUUGUGGACAACAACCGGUAUUACAUGAUGGAGCAGGCUGCUCACUUUGACGUCAAUGCCAUGCAAUCCCUGGCCCGGUACUUCGUCAACCAUGGCGACUUUAUUCAAACCGCCAAUCCGGACUUUGUGCGUUGCGUCCUCCUGGAGGCAAAUGCCACGCCCCUGACCGACUAUCAUUUGGUGCAGGAGGAGCAUCUGCAAAACAAGAUCAACACCGCCUUUCUGACCGGAGGAGCCGCCUUUGAGAGCUACCUAGGCGCCAUGACAAAGUUGUGUGUUUAUCCAUCCGUGUUGCCCCUGCGUUAUGUCUGCUGUGGUCGGAGUUACAACAGGGCGGAAGCGGAGCUAUAUGGACCCACUUCCAGUCUUUAUACGGCGACCCAAACGAAUGCUGUACAAAGCUUUGUGGCCACUCAAACGGCGCAGGAAGCGGACGCACAACUAGAGCACAUUCUUAAUCUGGCGAUAGACUUUUACAAGGCUUUGGAUAUACCCUUCCGAGUGGUUUAUGCAUCAGCAGAAGUUUUAACCCCUGCGGAGAGUCUCCGGGCAGUCCUCGAGGUAUAUGCACCAUCGCUGCAGCGGUACGUUUGCGUGGGGCGAAUCAGCAACUACGGAGACUUUGUGUCCAAGCGAAUCCUCUUCAGUACUCGACGAGAGAAGCACUACGAUUUCCUGCAUCUGGUUGGCGGACCAGUGCUCUACACCUCCCGACUGAUCGCAGCUCUUUUGGAGCACGGUGUCCGCCUGGAAGACUGCAAACUAUUGGGCGCCACUAGCCAGAAACCCACUCAUCAGCAGGAUCUGCAGCAGUUCAAGGACCUCUUCACGUAGAAAACAAACUUGUUCAGUUUCUUGUUGUUGUAAUCUCAUGGUCAGCAGUGGGUUUGCGCCCAUACGCCGAAUGCUAUUCGCUGCACUUGAUCUGCAGCUUGGGAAACCUCUUGCGAAAGUUUUCGCACUUGGGCGUGGUGAAGGUGAAGACAUUCCUGGAGUCGUC